GCGGGCUGGUGUGGUUGGAGGGCCGGCGGAUCGGAGCCCGCCCGGGACAGCAGGAGGCACCUUUUCUGCUCGGCGCUGGCUCUUCUCGACACGGGGCCGCUGCGCAGCUGGUCCGAUCGUCAGAAGGCUCUGCUUGGGGCGGAUGGAGGGGAGUCACCCUUGCCACCCUCCUGGCAUGACGGUAGCCCGCCUGCCCCUGGAGCUCGUUGUGUGCAGGUGACCUGCUCUCUCCGGCCGGCUGGGCGUCCUCGGCCUGGGUCCCUGCCUGCUGCUCUGGACACACGUGGAGGAGGAGGAGCCGGCUGCUGGGCGUGGACAGGCUGCUGCGUUCAGGGGCUUCCCUAGGCCAGAGUCGGCCUGUUCCUGGCCCCGGCCGCGGGGCGUCCACCUCGGCCAUGCCUCCCGUGGGGCUCUGCGCCCUGCUCCUGAUCGGCCUGGCCCUGCUCGCUGCCGCCGGCCAGCCCCCCAACGUGGUCCUCGUCUUUGCCGACGACUUGGGCUUCGGAGACCUGGCCUCUUACGGGCACCCCACUUCUGCCACCCCCAACUUGGACAAGAUGGCGGCGGGAGGCCUGCGGUUCACCAGCUUCUACAGCAGCAGCCCUGUCUGCAGCCCCUCCCGGGCGGGCCUGCUGACCGGGCGCUACCAGACGCGCUCUGGCAUCUACCCUGGUGUGUUGUACCCGGGGUCGCGGGGAGGCCUCCCAUUGUCCGAGGUGACUGUGGCGGAGGUGCUGAAGGACCGGGGCUAUGCCACCGCCAUGGUGGGCAAGUGGCACUUGGGCGUCGGACCCAAUGGAACCUUUCUGCCCACCCACCAGGGCUUUGACCACUACUUGGGCGUGCCCUACUCCCAUGACCAGGGCCCCUGCCAGAACCUCACCUGCUUCCCCCCCAACACGCGGUGCUUCGGCUUCUGCGACCAGGGCGUGGUCCUCGCCCCCCUGUUUUGGAACCUCAGCAUCGUGGAGCAGCCCAUCUCCUUCCCCCACCUGGAAGCCCGCUAUGAUACUUUUGCCCGAGACUUCAUCACCGCCUGCGCCCGCCGCAGCCAGCCCUUCUUUCUCUAUUACGCCUCCCACCACACCCACUACCCCCAGUUUGCCAGCCAGGAAUACACGGGGACGACUCCCAGGGGGCCCUUUGGAGAUUCCCUCGUAGAGUUGGACGGCUCUGUGGGGCAUCUCUUGGAAGCGCUGCGGGACAGUGGGGUACGCGACAACACCCUGGUCGUCUUCACGUCGGACAACGGCCCGGAGACCAUGCGCAUGUCUCGGGGGGGCAGUUCGGGCCACCUCAAGUGCGGCAAAGGGACCACCUACGAGGGCGGGAUGAGGGAGCCCGCCAUCGCCUACUGGCCCGGCCACAUCGCUCCUGGGGUGACCCAUGAGCUGGCCAGCACCUUGGACAUCCUGCCGACUCUAGCGGCUCUGGCGGGGGCGGCCCUGCCCAGCGUCACCUUGGACGGCUUCGACCUCAGCCCUGUCCUCUUUGGAAGUGGGAAGAGCCCCCGCAAGGCCAUGUUCUAUUACCCGCCGGCCCCCAACCCGCUGCUCGGUGUCUUCGCUGUCCGUUAUGGAAAGUACAAAGCCCACUUCUUCACCCAAGGCGCCUUCCACAGCAGCACGACCCCCGACCAGGACUGCAGCGGCCUGACCCCCCUGGUGGCCCGGGAGCCCCCCCUGCUGUACGACCUGGAGUUGGACCCGGCUGAGAACUACAACCUUGUCUGGGGAGGGGUGAUCAAGCCAGAAAUUCUGGCUGUCCUCAAGGAGAUAUGCUUGCAGAAGGCCACUUUCGACGAGCAGAUGGAGUUCGGGGAGAGUCAGCCGGGGCGGGGCCAGGACCCCGCGCUCGAGCCCUGCUGCAACCCCCAGUGCCGGUCCAAGCCUUCCUGCUGCCGCUGUCCGUCUCCCUCUUGGCUCCGCCCGCUCCUCUCCCCCCCCACCGGAACCAUCCUUUGA